AUGGACCUCAAGGAUCUAUCCAGUAAUUGGAAGAAAUUACAGGCAACUUUGAAAAACGACAAUCCCUCAACCAUUUCCAAGCGCCGCACGGACAAUUUCGUCCAGCAGGAUAAUGUAAAACGGAGGAAGCGGUCGUCUUCCUCUAUUCCUCGUGUACAUACAAAUACCACGAUAGAAAAACGCCGGGCAGUCCUCAAGAAGAGAAACAUGAUGGAUACUGCCACAGAGACAGUCGAUGGAGUGAGCAAGCUCUCUGUGCAGGAGCAAGCAAAAGACGGAAAUGAGGAUAUUCAAGAAGGAGAACUUGCCAUUGGGCGAGAGCGAGUUAAUGAAGGCUUGUCAUCCUCCACAGAAGUAGGGAAAUAUAUUGCUAUUGACUGCGAAAUGGUAGGCGUCGGCCCUAACCCCGAUCGUGACUCUGCACUCGCACGCGUGAGUAUUGUCAAUUUUAAAGGAGAUCAAGUUUAUGAUUCAUUUGUCAAACCGAAAGAAAUGGUGACCGAUUGGCGUACGAAAGUGAGCGGGAUCACUCCAGCCAAGCUAGUAUCCGCAAGAACUCUUGAAGAAGUUCAGAAGGAUGUUGCUGGGUUGCUCGAUGGUCGGAUUUUGAUAGGUCAUGCGAUACAGAAUGAUUUGAAUGCACUGCUACUGAGCCAUCCAAAGCGUGACAUUCGCGAUACAAGUGUACAUCCCCCAUACCGAAAAAUCGCGGGAGGCGUUAAGCCACGGCUGAAGGUAUUGGCGGCCGAACUACUGGGUCUGCAGAUACAAGGUGCAGCCCAUUCAAGUGUCGAAGAUGCUAGAGCUACAAUGUUGUUGUUCCAGAGGGACAAGGAAUCAUUUGAGAGAGAGCAUUCGAAAAGAUGGCCUACCCGAGUGCAGGCUACUGACCAGAAAGGAGACAGUGCAACAAAAAAGAUCAUGAAGCAGUGGGAAUUGAAUUAUGGUUGGGAAAAACGCUUGGGUAGAAAGCUAGCGCCCCUCCGCGCUACCAUCACGACUAAGAAAGGCGCUGAAAUCGAGAAAGCCUUAGUGAAAGAGGACUCUGACUGGGACGGCGAGAUGUUUCUCGGAAGCGAAAAGACGAAAGUCUGCGUAUACGGCGGUGUUAUCGUCAAGCCUAUAGAGACAUCCCCAGAGGGCCUGGUUAUUACCUUUCUGUCCCAUGGUGAAGACUGUUUUGAUGCCUUGAAAGACUACGCAGAUCAAAUUUAUGACGCCGUUGCAGGUAUUGAUAAAGAUGCUGAUAUAGAAUGGGCCGAGAUGCCGUACUGCCUCCAGGGUGAAGCUUAA